AUGGUGGAGAGUAGAAGAAUAAUAUCACCAUUCAAGACAAAUACUGAUAAUGUAGAUACAUUUAAAGUGUUUCCACUUCCUGAUCAAUAUUCAACAGGAUCAAUUGUUGGUAUAAUCCCUGAUUGGAAGAAUUUCAAUAUUGCUUUUCAACAAAAUCCAGAAUCACCUGGAGAUUUUGAUAUUAUUUCUGAUGCAUUCGAGAGAUAUGGUGGAAUGAUUUUCUAUAAUCAAGCUGUUGAUUCAUCUGCAACUUGUCCUACAUUGAAUGGUACAAAAGUUUAUUGUAUGAAUAGAGCUGUUUUGACUAUUCUUAAAGGAAGUACUGAUUUAAUUCCAAAACCAUUCCUUGGUAUGGAUGAAAGUUAUGCUAUUACUGUCAAUCCAAGUGAUGGAUUUAUUCAAAUGACAGCUAAUACUGUUUGGGGAGGUCUCAGAGCUUUGGAAUCAAUUUCACAACUUAUUGUGCCAACUGACAAUAUGAAUGGAGUUGAUUUUGGAAAGGUUUAUUAUUCAUUCGCUGAAUAUUUACCUAUUCUAAUUAAGGAUCAACCAAGAUUUUCUUGGAGAGGAUUUCUUGUAGACACCAGUAGACAUUAUUACUCUGUUAAGAAGAUUUUGCAAAUCAUUGAUUCUCUUGCCUAUUUAAAGAUGAACGUUUUCCAUUGGCAUAUUGUUGAUGCUCAAAGCUUCCCUCUUGUCGUCGAUGCCUAUCCAAACCUCAGUGGAAAGGGUGCCUAUCAAAAGAAGGCUGUUUACUCUGCUGAAGAUAUUCUUGCCAUUACUGAAUAUGGUAGAAGAAGAGGUGUCAGAGUUAUUCCAGAAAUUGAUAUUCCAGGUCAUGCUGGAUCUUGGGGAUUUGGUUAUCCUGAAAUUACUGCCAACUGUCCAAGUUACAAGCACAACAUCAAUAAUAUUCCACUCAAUAUUGCUGAACCAAAGACUUACCAAGUGUUAGGAGCUAUCAUCAAGCAAUUAGUUCAAAAUGGAUUUUCUGAUCAGUACUACCACUUUGGUGGAGAUGAACUCGUCAUGGGUUGUUGGCUCCAAGAUCCAAGUAUUCUAUCAUUCAUGAAGCAAAAGGGAUUCACACAACCAGUCCAAUUGUUGCACUACUUUGAAGAUAAUUUGAGAACCUUGUACAAACCAUACAAUAAGACUAUGAUUUGUUGGGAAGAACUCGCUUUGGAAUACGGAUACAAUUUGCCAAAGGAUACUAUUGUUCAUGUUUGGAAGGAAAGACACACUCUUAUUGACGUUGUCAAGAUGGGUUACCAAACCUUGUUGAGUGGUGGUUGGUAUUUGGAUCAACAAAUUCCAAACCAUAAUCAAACUUUCUAUGAAUGGGUUGAUACUUGGAUUAAUUUUUAUCAAAAUGACCCAACUGAAGGAUUUGGUAUGACUGAUAGUCAAAAGAAAUUAGUUUUGGGUGGUGAAGGAGCCAUGUGGAGUGAACAAGUCGAUGAUGCCAACUUUGACUCUCGUGUCUUCCCUCGUACUCUUGCUAUUGCUGAAAGAUUGUGGAGUAGUAGUUCUGUUACUGACCUCACUAGUGCCAGAAUCAGAAUGGAAUACAGCAGAUGUAACGUCUUGGUUCGUAGAGGUGUCAAUGCUGGUCCAGUAAUGCCAGGUUAUUGUCAAGCUACUUAUGAUAACUUCUAA